GAGAAUUAACCUAACUAGCUAGCUAGUUAGAGCACAAAAAUAAUAAUACAUAAAAUAGUCUCUUGUACGUACCAAAUUUGAAGAUGGUUAGAGCUCCAUGUUGUGAAAAGAAAGGAUUGAAGAAAGGUCCUUGGACCUUAGAGGAAGAUGAAAUCCUCACAUCCUACAUCAACAAACAUGGACAUAGCAAUUGGCGUGCUCUCCCAAAAGAUGCCGGUUUAUUAAGAUGUGGAAAGAGUUGUAGAUUGAGAUGGAUUAAUUAUUUAAGAACUGAUAUUAAGAGAGGAAAUUUUUCAAAUGAAGAAGAGCAAAUUAUCAUUAAGAUGCAUGAGUUGCUAGGGAACAGGUGGUCAGCAAUAGCAGCAAAAUUACCUGGAAGAACAGACAAUGAAAUAAAAAAUAUGUGGCACACUCAUUUGAAGAAAAGACUAUUGAAUACCAAAAAUAACCAACCUCAUUCAAAUACCAAAAAAAGAGUGUCAAAACAAAAAAUCAAAAUAUCUGAUUCAAAUGCCAAUUCCAACUCAAUGGAAACUACAUCAUCAAAUUGCACUUUUUCUAGUGAUUUUUCAUCACAAGGAAAAAAUUUGGACAAUAGCAUCAUUUGUGAAGACCCUGAAGACUCAUUUGUGACAAUGCCUCAAAUUGAUGAAAGCUUUUGGUCAGAGACAAUAACUGAUGAUGAAACUAAUUCUAUGACUAUUUCACAUGAAUUACCAAUUCAAGAAUACCCUUAUAAUAAUUCAUUGGAAAAUUUCCAAAACCCUUUUGAUGAUGAUGAUGGAAUGGGUUUUUGGGUUGACUUGUUGAUUAGAUCAGAGGAAUCAACAGAAUUGCCAGAGUUCUAAACAUUUUUCAUGAACAGAUUUUGAUGCUGUGUUACUAAUUAAUUUGCAGAAAACAAUCAUUUUUUUUAAUUAAAUUAUAUUACUAAAUUGCUGUAUCCAGUUUCAAGAGCCAAGUUGGUAAAGGCUAACAAUAAUAU